AAGGUUAACUCCUCCCAAGUAUAAAGCCCCUUGUUCUGUUAGGGCGUGUUAAUCUUCCUACCCAGCAGCCUGUGAAGAGGCAGUUUGCCUGCUCCACAAGGGAAGGGAAAAACAGAGCAGAGUCGAGGACCCACUGACUUGAAUUCCUAAACCAUUCCACUGAAGCCACGAGGACCCCAUUCCCUGGUGAUUCCUUGCACUGACCAGACUGUGUGAUCCUCCCAGACACCGGUACACCAUGGCCAAGAGAGUUGCUGUGAUCGGCUCUGGCGUGAGUGGACUGACCUCCACCAAGUGCUGCCUGGAUGAGGGGCUGCAGCCUACCUGCUUCGAGAGAAGUGAUGACAUCGGGGGGCUCUGGAGGUUCAAAGAAAAGGUAGAGGAAGGCAGAGCCAGUAUCUACCAAUCUGUAUUCACCAAUUCCUCCAAGGAGAUGUCAUGCUUCAGUGACUUUCCGAUGCCUGAACACUUUCCAAACUUCCUGCACAACACCAGAUUCCUGGAAUAUUUGAAACUGUACGCAAAGCACUUUGAUCUUCUGAAAUACAUCAAGUUCAAGACCACAGUCAUCAGUGUAAGAAAAUGCCAGGAUUUCUCUACCACCGGCCAGUGGAUUGUUGUCACCGAGAGUGAUGGGAAGCAAGAAUCCACCAUGUUUGAUGCCGUUAUGGUAUGCAUGGGUCACCAUAUAGAAUCCUUUAUCCCGAUGCAGUCUUUUCCUGGUAUCGAAAAGUUCAAGGGCCAAUAUUUCCACAGCCGGGAAUACAAGAGCCCCGAAGGAUUUCAGGGGAAGACAGUCGUGGUGAUUGGAAUGGGGAACUCUGCAUCGGAUAUUGCCGUGGAGCUCUGUCAGAGAGCCAAACGGGUGUUCAUCAGCACUAGAGGAGGCUCAUGGGUAAUGAGCCGUGUCUAUGAUGACGGCUACCCUUGGGACACUGUAUUUCACACCCGAUUUAGCAAUCUGAUCAGAAGUAUCCUGCCUUGGCCUCUUUUGAAACGGGUGUAUGAACAGAAGAUGAACCAAUGGUUUAACCAUGAAAACUAUGGCUUGGUGCCUCAAAACAGAGCCCUGAUGAAAGAGCCAGUGUUCAAUGAUGACCUUCCAAGCCGCAUCCUCUGUGGCAGCGUGGUGGUGAAGCCCAUUGUGAAGGAGUUCACCGAAACCGCUGCCAUCUUUGAAGAUGGGACUAUGGAGGACAACGUGGAUGUUGUCAUCUUUGCCACUGGCUACAGCUUCUCGUUCCCCUUCCUGGAGCAGUCAGUCAUCAAAGUGGAAAACAACGAGGUCGGGCUGUACAAACAAGUCUUCCCCCCUACUCUGGAGAAGCCAACGCUGGCUGUCAUUGGCCUCAUACAGCCGCUUGGGCCCAUCAUGCCAAAUGCAGAGCUACAGGCUCGCUGGGCUACAAGAGUCUUUAAAGGGCUGUCUGCGCUGCCCUGUGAGAGCACCAUGAUGACUGACAUUGUCAAGAGGAAAAAGAAGAGGAUCGAGUGGAAUGUGCAUGGUUACAUCCAUUUGAGAUGGAGAUAUGGAUGCUGCGGUAGCUGCCAGGUCAUCUGCACUCUGACUAACUGGAAGACCAGGCAUCUCCUCACCACUCACAUCUUCACUGGGGCCGGAAGGCUCGCCGUGAACAUUUGUAUCUAUGUAUCUCAGGAGAGCUCCUUCCUGCAUAGAUAGAAAAGCUUUCUUUGCUUGCUUUCUUCUUCUGAAUGCAGCCCCAGAGGGGCAUUUUCUUCUUUCACUCAUGACUGCUGUUCUGUGCCAGCUAGAGUGACUCUCAACACUCAAUUGAAGGGGACAAAUAAGCAGGCUGAUAGCAGGGCCUGUGUGAGGGGAGAUACAGCAUCUUAAGGGCCUAACUGGCUCCUAUUACUUCAGUUGACUGCCUGUUCUCCUCAAGUGGGUUCAGGGAAGCAGCAGGAAACAGGAAGCUCCCUGAGAAGCUGGUGUUAAUCAGUCCAGGCUCCUGAGGGUGCUAGAGAGGUACAUAAGAGACUCCUCCUCCUCUCUGUCCCUGCAGCUCCUGCUGCUUUCUGUUAUUCCCUCUCACCUUUUCGCCUGGCUGCCUGUUAUAUCUCUUGUGCCCUCUUUCCUCCAGCACAGCAAUGCACCAUCUCUGUGCAUCUAGAGCAGAGAGAAUACAUAUGCACCAGCAGCAGACACAAUUUUCUACACUCUGGGUCCUAGUGGUUCCCCUCCACAGUCUGGCACCUGAGGUCAGUUCACCUCAUGGUAAGGCCAGCCCUGGCUGCUUCUGGGAGCCACCCAGAGUCAAGGCAGGUAGGGAGCCUGCCUUACCCCUGCUGUGCUGCCAACUGCACUUUUAAUGGCCUGGUCAGGGUCCCUUUUUGACUGGACGUUCCAGUCAAAAACCAGAUACCUGGCAACCAUAGUCCCAUCUAGCUUCCUGCACCUCAUAGUUGCAGACAUUUUGCCUGCAGGCAUGAUUUCAAUUUCACUGAAAAUAAAUGGUGGAAGGUGGCAACAUCUUCCUUAGAGGCAGCCUCAUUUCCACAUCUGCAUUCAUAGGGAAAUGGCAGCCAUCUUUCUGGCAGCAGCCCCAUUGAUGGUAAUAGGAGAUGGUGGCCAUUUUAAAUAAAGAAAAAUUCACAAGUUGGUGGGAGAAAAAAACACUCCCUACAUUGUUGAGAACAUAACGGCCAUACUGCUCAAGCCAAUGGUCCAUCUAGCCCAGUGUCCUGUCUUCCUACUGUGACCGGUGCCAGAUGCUUCUGAAGGAAUGAACAGAACAGGGAAACUUAUCAGGUGAUCCAUCCCCUGUUGCCCAUUCUCAGCUUCUGGCAGUCAGAGAUUUAGGGACCUAGAACACAGGGUUGCAUCUCUGACCAUCUUGGUUAACAGCAAUUGUUGGAUCUACAUGAACUUACCUAAUUCUCUUUUGAACCCACUUUUACCUUUGGCCUUCACAAUGUCCCCUGGCAAUGAGUUCCACAGGUUGAUUGUGCAUUGUGUGAAGUUCUUCCUUGUGUUUGUUUUAAACCUGCUGCCUAUUAAUUUCAUCGGGUGACCCCUUGGUUCUUGUGUUAACUGCAACAAAAUUGCAAGAGUUGGUGAUAUUAUGUCCAAUUUUUCCAUAAUAGUCUGUUCAAAGUGCAGUGUCCCUUGAAUGCAGUGAAAAUACCUCCAUUGAUUUCA